UUUUUUACUAUCUUCCUGUUUUUACUAAUAUACAAAUGAAUAACAAAAAUGAUUCCUUUGAUGAAUUUUGGCAAGGAAUUGAUAUUCUUAAACAAAAACAAUCUCCAAUUAAUUUAAUUAAACGUCCAAAAAUUGGUGUACAACAACAACUUUUUAAAUGGCUAAAACCUAAUGAGAAUAAAAUUAAUGGUAAUGAAUGUUCUGUUAUUCCAACAUGUGAAAAGCCCAUAGCCAGUGUUUCCUCCCCAUCUUCAAUUCAUUCUUGUUCUUCUUUCUCAUCAUCAUCUAAUUCAUCUCCGCCAACUAAGAGGUCACGUAUAUUCGAACGCCGUCAACAUCAAAAAUUGGUUGAAUUUGAAUCUGGUGUGAAAGGAUUUCCUUCUCUACAAAACAGCAACAAUCAUUUACUUGUUUAUGUUCUUGGUGUAAAUAAAGGAGUUGACGAGCUUGAAAAACCAUUUAUUAAUUUGAAAUGUGAAUUGGCAACUGGGUCUGUUUCUUCUAAAACGCGCAAAAUUAAUGUUUAUCUUCGUGAUUCCUGGGCUAUUGAAACUCCAGAACUUUGUACCCGUCAACUUCUUCGAUUAAUUGAGCCAAACAAAAUUAAUGAAAAUACAUUCGAAAUUUGUGAUUCUUCUGAUGAUUCUUGUGGUGGAUUGCUUAUAGUUGAACCUGAGACACUCAUUUCCAGCACGCAAUUAUCGCAAGCACAUUAUUGUCCAAGAAAAGCUAUGUUCCAAGAUCGAUUUAGAAGUACAGAUACAACAAUUGCGAUGACUGUUGGAACGAUUGCUCACGAACUCUUUCAGAUAGCACUAGAUUUACUUCCUUCAGAACUCUCAGCUGAAUGGCUUUUUAACUUUUAUAGAAAACAUUUAUUGACGAAAAUUUGUCCUGAUCUUAUUGGAAUGGAUUGUUCCAUUGAAAAAUUUGAAGAAGAACUUCGUCGUUAUUUGGAGAAUAUUUCUGAUUGGAUUAAGUCACAUCAUCCACACUAUAAAAACGAGAAGAAAAAUAAUCAGCCAAUCGCUCAAAUCCGACAACAAAAUAUGGAAAAUGAUGAAAAUAAUGAUCCGAAUUUACCUAAUGAGCCUUUUUUCUAUUCAGAAACGGUUGAUAUUGAAGAAAAUAUUUGGACACCAACUAUUGGAUUUAAAGGAAGAAUUGAUGUUUCUUUUAUGGGUGACAGAAAUACUUCACCUUGUUCAUUGUCAGACUCAAAUCAAUCGCCUCUAUCAAUUAAUAAACAAUCCAAACUUGUUGUGCCUCUCGAAUUGAAAACAGGCAGAUCUUAUGGAUCAUCUGGCUGUGUAGAACAUCAAACACAAGUAAUGCUUUAUUCACUUAUGCUAUCUGAACGGGUAAAUAAUGGUCAGCUCAGUUUAGGUUUUUUACUCUAUUUACGUGACAAUAAAAUUGCUCCAAUUCAUCCCAAAGCUGUUCAAUUACGUGGAAUUAUUCAAAUGAGAAAUAGACUAGCCACUCAUUUUUCAAAAUUUACAAUUGAUUCAUUUCCAGAUCCUCUUCGAAAUCCACGAAGUUGCGUUAAUUGUCCUUAUGCUACUCUCUGUGGUACAAUUGCUUUAGGGAAUGAAAUUUGCGUGAAAGAAGAAGAAUCUUCCAAAAAUAAGACUCAAAAAUCUCGAUUAAAGAAAUUUUUAUCUCCUAAAAUUAAUGAUGAGGAAUUAAUGGUUGUUGACGAAAGAGUUAAACAAAACGAACAAGUUGUUAAAAUUUCAAAUGGUAUUUGUUUUAAAUUUAGUUUCACGCUCGGACCUUUAUCAUUUUUCAAUUUAGAUAAACCUCAACGAACUUUAAAAAAUAAAAUUUCUGAAGAAAUGUAUAAUUUUAUGUUACAACAAACUGCUCAUUUAAACCAACAAGAAAUUCUUCAAAUAAAUAAUUGGAUAAAAAGUGGACUUGAAGAAUGGGGAAAAGCUUGGGAAAAUGGUUCAACAUUACGAUUAUUUAGAAAAACACCAAAAGAAAGAGAAUUAUUUGGAACUUGUCUAUCAAAUAUGCGUUUAAUUUCUUCUGAAUGUAUUAAAAAUGAUGUUGACGAUUUCAAAAAUUCUUUUUUAUUACAUUUUACUCGUGAAAGCAAUGAAAAAAUAACGGAAUCGGAAAAUUUUCAAUUAAAAGUUGGUACAACAAUUACUGUUUCUACUAAUAAUGCUUAUGCCUUAUUAAUUGCAAAAAUUCAUUCAAUUGAUGUUUCAACAAACUCAAUAUUAAUUAUUUCUGACAAAGAUUUGUCUAAAAAUAUUUCUGGCAAAGAAGAAGAUGCUCAAAUUUAUUAUCAUUUGGAUAAACAUGAUGGUUUUACAUCUUAUGCUUUAGCUCUUGGAAAUAUAUCUGGAUUAUUAGAAAAUUCUCAAAAAGCUAAAUUACUUCGUUCUAUUUUAAUGUCAACAAAUAAUAAUACAUCAACUUCCAAAAAGAAAUGA